AUGCUGCCAAACGUUCGUUGGUCUGGCGCUGUGCUAGCCUUUUGGUGCCUACUUCUUCUCCCAGACGCCAAUGGGCAGUUGAUUCGCGGCGCCGGAGGCGAGGUGGGCCUGCCGGCCUACAGUCAGUGGGGCACCGGCUACAAGUACGUGUCCGACCAACUGGUCUACACCUACACAGUGUACUUCAACGCCACCGAGGCCAUCGCCGCCUACGACCGCGGCGAGCUGGACUUCCUCGGGGUCGACCAGCCGCUCGACCUCUCCUCCGACUACGUCCAGCUGCCCCUCAUGGCUGGGGGCAUCGCCCUCGCCUACCACCACUCGAGCCUCGCGCCCGACUCGCCCCCGCUCAACUUCACCCGCGAAGCCCUCGCCCGCAUCUGGCUUGGUCAGGUGACGAGCUGGAGCGAUGUCGCGAUAGCGGGCGUGUUUGCUCGCGGCCUGGCGUCGUUCAUCGCCGGCUUUGAUCCGGUCCUGGCCGCUGAGCUGGAGGCCAACGCCACGCUGGCCUAUCUGCCCGCCGUGUUGAGCGGGUCGGCCACGGCCAUGGCUUCCACCACCACUGCGAUGCAGUACGUGACAGACAACGACAACACGUUGGCGUACUACAUCUAUGACACCACGGCCGCAUCUCCUCCGCCCAGGGCUCAGCUCAUUAAUCGCGCUGGCAAGGCUGUGGCCUUGACCCAGGCUUCUGUCCAGGCGGCCCUCGACGAUUUCAGCCCGUCGAGCACUGACUCCGACGAGCUGGAGCGCUACAUCUUGGACGGGCCAGGCCGAGAUUCGUACCCGCUCAGCGUCCUCGCGUUGGUGGUGCUCAAGAAGUCCUACACCGCCGUGGCCUGCGACGGCGCGAGCCUGUACAUGGGCGAGCUGGUGUGGGGCAUCACCAACUCGCUCAUCCUGGACGACACCGAGCAGCUGGGCUACACUCCGCUCACGGCCGCGUACCGCAUCCGAGUCCUCAACCAGCUGGCCACGCUCAAGUGCAACGGUCAGCGGCUGAUGAAGAGCUCCCUGCUGACCGGCACCGGCCCGCGUGCGCCGUUCUUCGCGUCGUACGGCCUCUUCUACGGACAGACCGUGGCCGGCCUCACCUCGCAGUACUUCGUGGGCGGGGACGAGGACCAGUUAACUCUGGGCAACGUCGACUACGUGGGAUCUGUCAACGCUGCCGGCAGCAGUGCUCCGAUCAACUACCCCAACCUUCAGUACCUCCCUGUGGCAGCGUUCGCGAUCACUCUCAUGUACAACCUCCCCGAGCUUCGAAAUGCCGAGCCGCUGGUGCUGGAUCUCCCGACUGUGGCACAAGUCUACCUGGGUCAGAUCACCACCUGGAACCACCCGGCGAUCCAACAGCGCAACCCAGGUGUGACGCUGCCGUCGAAUCCCAUCCGCAUCGUAUUGGACUCGUCCUCCAGCUACACCUACCCAUUCACCCUGGCGUUGUCCAGAGCCGAUCAGAACUUCUCCAAAGCCGUCGGCGUGGGCUCCAAUGUGUCAUUCCCGGUCUCCAAUCCGUUGAUGGCCCUCACCAGUGUUCCCUACCGAUCACCAAAGCUGACCAGCUCCGCUGCGUAUGACGAUGCAGACGUGGUGGCCGCUGUGGCCGUCACUCAGUAUACGAUGGCCUUUGCGCCGCACUUUGCCUACGCCGCGUACGGAGCCACCACUGGGGUUUCUCAGCUCUAUCCCCUCACAAAUGGCUUUGCCAAUGUAACGGAAGCCACGCUGAUCAACCGAGCCGACACUCCCGUCCGACCCACACUCGAGGCGGUCCAAUCGGCGGAAGCGCAGGCACAACUCGACAGAUACCUGACUGCCGACCUCUCGUGGGCUCCCGGAGACGGCAGUUGGCCGAUCACCACCUAUUUCUAUUUACUGCUGACGAGCGUCAAUGACGCUGACUGCGAGAGGGCGACCAACCUCGUUGACCUGGCCUGGUGGAUGCUCACCGCCGCGCAGGCCGAAAACCUGAACAAUCUCAACAUCGGGGUCAGGACCAAGGUCACAGAUGCGAUCGUGAGUGUUACGUGUAAGGGCGCGCAUGUGAGCUCGCUGUAUAACUGUGUGAAGGACGGAGUGAUAUGCUCGAACGAGGGCAACUGCAGCGACGGCGAGUGCCGCUGCAACCCGACGAGGACGGGCCAGUACUGCCAACAGAAUGUGUCAUCGAGCGACUUGAGCGAUGGAGCCAUCGCCGGCAUCGUCGUGGGCGUCGUGGUGCCGUGCCUGCUCCUGAUCAUCCUCGCGGUCGUCGCCGUCGUCAUCUUGAUGUCUUGCCGCAAGAAGAAGACGGAAGACUGGAUCAUUGACCCCAGCGAGCUCGAACUCGGCGAAGCGUUGGGCAGCGGAGGCUUCGGCGAGGUGCGGAAGGCAGUGUGGCGCGGCACCGAAGUGGCGGUGAAGACCAUGAGCUCGAGCUACUCCAACGAACUGAAGAACGCCUUCAUCGAGGAGGUGAGCGUGAUGACAGCGUUGCGUCAUCCCAACGUGGUGCUGUUCAUGGCCGCCGCGACCAAGCCUCCCGCCAUGUGUAUCGUCAUGGAGUUGAUGACUCUCGGAUCUCUGCGAGACGUGUUGAGCAACGAACUCAUCCCCGACAUCCCCAGUCAGCUGCGAGUCAAGAUGCUGCGCCACGCGGCCAAGGGGAUGUACUUUCUCCACUCGUCGGGCAUCGCGCACCGCGACCUCAAGUCGCUCAACCUUCUGCUCGAUGCCAAGUGGAACGUCAAGGUGUCCGACUUCGGUCUCACCCGGUUCAAGGAGCAGAUCAAAAAGUCGCACCCGCAGGAGCUCAUGGCCGGCGGCAGCAUACACUGGACAGCGCCCGAGGUGCUCAACGAGGCAGGCGACAUCGACUACGAGGCCGCCGACGUCUACAGUUUUGGUAUGAUCCUGUGGGAGGUCCAAACGCGCCUCGAUCUCUACAGCGGCAUGAGUCCGGCGGCGGUUGCGGUUGCGGUGCUGCGGGACAACCUGCGCCCGGCGAUGCCGGAGGACGUUGCCCCCGAGUACUCAGCGCUCAUGACCGAGUCCUGGGACAGCGAUGCUUCGAUACGGCCCAAGUUCCUGGAGAUCAUGACGCGCCUCGAAUCCAUGGUGGACAACAACUCGAGCACGGCCUACACUGGCGUUUCGUCGUGGACCUCCAGCAGCACAGCCCACCCAUCGGGUGGCGGGUCUCUAACUUCGGGGUCGUCACACUCGUCUGAUGCUGUUGAUCGAGCCGGCGCCGUGGUUGGUCUUCGGCCUCCCACGGGCGAGAUGGCGAUCGUGUUCACGGACAUAGUGCGCGCGCUGGCUCUGUGGGAAUUCAACGCCGACGCCAUGAAGGACGCCACGCUGGCCCACAACGACUUGCUGCGUUCGAGCCUCGCCGAAUUCGACGGCUACGAAGUGUCCUCCUCGCGGGAGGGCAACUAUGGCGAGGGUUCGAUGUGUUUGGCCUUCCAGGACCCCGAGAAGGCCGCGCGGUGGUGCAUGCACGUGCAAAACGAGCUGCUCUACGUUGAGUGGCCCCAGGCUCUCCUGUCGCACCCCGCCGCGGCCGAAGACUGGGGCGACGUGGACGACCGCCUGAUCUUCAAGGGACCGCGAGUGCGAAUGGGCGUUCACGUGGGCGAGCCCAAGCGGUUGACCGAUGCAGUGACCCGGCGCGUGGAGUUCGUAGGUCCGCCGGUCAACACCGCCGCCCGAUUGACCACGCUGGCGCACGGCGGCCAGAUUCUGCUCUCCGAGAGCGCGUGGGAGAGGCUCAAGCAGGCCGACUGGCUCAAGGAGCGCAAUCGCUGCGCCUGCCUCGGCAAGUUCGAGCUCACGGACUCCCUUCCCGGCACAGGUGCGCGGUUGUACGAGUUGCGCGCGCCCGGGCUGGAGGGUCGCUUCUUUGGCGGCGUCGCUCGCAGGGACAGAGUGCUGGACCCGGACGAUGCCGAGGACGACUGCGAGCCGUUGAGCAGCGCGAGCUCGAGCGAAGACGAGCUCCACGCCGAGGUCGGUGAGGGCAUGAACCAGGAGGACUCCUUCCUCGCCUCGGCCAACCUGUGCCGGUGGAUUAUCGACUACAAGGAGAUCCAGAUGGGCAAGCAAGUGGGCAUGGGCAGCUACGGUCUCGUAUAUCGCGGCCGCUGGAAGGGCAUCGACGUCGCCGUCAAGCGCUUCAUCAAACAGAAGCUGACCGAACGGCGGUUGCUCGAGUUCCGCGCCGAGAUGGCCUUCCUCGCCGAGCUCAGUCAUCCCAAUGUGGUCUUGUUCAUCGGCGCCUGCGUGAAGAAGCCCAACCUGUGCAUUGUCACGGAGUUCGUGCAGUUGGGCUCUCUGCGCGACCUGCUGACGGACCGAAGUGUCAAGCUUCCCUGGGGACAGCGCAUCGCCAUGCUGCGGAGUGCGGCGAUGGGGGUCAACUACCUGCACUCGCUCGAGGCGGCGGUGAUCCACCGCGACCUCAAGUCGUCCAACCUUCUGGUCGACGAGAACCUGAACGUCAAGGUGGCCGACUUCGGGUUCGCUCGUCUCAAGGAGGAGAACGCCACCAUGACCCGCUGCGGCACACCCUGCUGGACCGCCCCCGAAAUCAUCCGCGGUGAACGGUAUAGCGAGAAGGCGGACGUGUAUUCGUUUGGUGUGGUGAUGUGGGAGAUGCUCACCAGAAGGCAGCCCUUUGCCGGCCGGAACUUCAUGGGCGUGUCGCUGGACGUGCUGGAGGGCAAGAGGCCGCAGGUGCCUGCCGACUGCCCCGAGACCUUCGGCAAGCUGAUGGUGCGCUGCUGGCACGCCAAGCCCCAGAAGCGCCCGACCAUGCUGGCCGUGAUUGAGGCUCUGUCUCAGCUCGUCGGCGACGGCUCCCUCUCACCAACUCCCUAG